AUGUCAUUCUCAAAACUUGAAUCACUUCCUAACGAAAUAUUAGCUACUAUUAUUGAGAAAUAUAUUAAUGGUGUAGAUCUACUAAGAGCUUUUAGCUUUCAACUCAAUAAACGAUUUGAUUCACUCAUUAUUCAAUGUCAACGACUUCAUUUUGAUUUUAUUCAAUGUGAUCAAGAUGAUUUUCAUUUGUGUAUGGAUUUUUUACCAGCCUAUAUCGACAAAAUAGAAGAAUUAUCCAUAUCAGAAGAAAACACACCUGGUCAAGUAUAUGCUUUUUUAUCUUUUUUUCCAUCAUUUGCAGUAUUUAAGCGACUUCGAAAACUUUAUUUUCAUUGUAAUGAUGAAGCUCUCGAUUGGAACAUUGUUGAAAAAGCUCUUAAGUCGUUAGCAGACACGAUGAUUGAAACUUUAUCAAUCAAAGCAAUGAGUACAAACAAUAGAUUAUUAUUGAGAAAUGUUAUUAUCGAUCUUUUUCGCUUAAAAUCGCUGAAACGAUUUACACUUAUGAGCGUUUCGAGUUCUGUAAAUUGGAGUGAUUUGGCGAAUGUCUCUUCAAAUAUUGAACAUUUGACUGUUUCUGGUAUCUAUUGUAAAUUUGAAGAUCUACAAUAUAUUUUCAUAAGCACUCCUCGUCUUAAAUAUCUUGAUGUUGAUUUAAUCAAUAUAAUAUAUCUUCAUUAUGAUGAAAUAGAAAAAAAUAUUAUACCAAUGUCUACCUUUCGUACUCUAAUCUUAUAUUUUGAACAAGACAGUCCAAUAACGAUGAAUAUCUUAAGAGAAUAUUUUAAUUGUAUGCCAGUUUUAAAACAUCUUGAAAUUAAAGCACACAGUAAACUUCUUGAUGGAAAUGCAUGGAAGAUGUUGUUAGAAACAUCGUUACCAUUAUUAACUCAUUUUAUUCUUCGAACAACUCUAUUUCGUGUACAAAAAACUGGUCUUCAUAAUGUUCUCGCUUCAUUUCAAAACUCAUAUUGAAUUGAAAAAUCUGGUUGUUUCUAUGAUUAUACAGAUGUCAUAAAGUAUAGUGAACACAUAUUACAAACAACAACAAUUCAAGUUUGGCAUCCAGAUACAAAAAUAGACCAAUUACCAUUUCCAAAAACAUUUAAUACAACAACAAUAUCUUCAAAUGUUAUAAAAGUUUGCGAAGAUAUCUCAGUUGUUUGCCAUGAUUACAAGUCAUUAGACAAUAUUUGGUCACCAUUUUUUGUUUGCCAUUCAAAAAAUGGAACAAAAACAUAUCAAGUUACAGUUGCGAAUAAAUUAGUUCACAAUGGUGUAAAAAUGAUUGCUAUAUGUCACUAUCAAACAAACGAAUUUGAUCCUAAUCAUAUAUCCUGGAAAAUUAUACGCAAACAACCUGGAGCACCUGCGUGCCACUUAACGUCUCGUGAUACCUUUGUAUUAUGCAAAAAAGUUUGA